UAAGAUGUAACGGACGCGCGUAAUACCGUAUAAUAUCCGAUUCGCCGAGCCACACGCACACGCGCUCGCCGCGGACGCCGACGACGCGCCCGAAUUCUCUCCGACCGUUUGCCGGGCUGCGGUGGUCGCCGCCGCGGGCCAUGAGGAUCCGAUGGUUUUCCACGCCGCUGGUCGUCGGCUUCAUGCUGUUCUUGUGCGUCGUCCUGUUGGCCGUCAACUUUUUCGAACUCAACUGGAUCCAGUACGAGCACAACAAGUUCCAUCACGGACGCGAGCCGUACGCGGUGCAGCCGCCGCCGCCGCCGCCGUCCCAAAGGCACGCGGACGCCGCCAAAAGGCCCGCGUACAUCGUCCUGGCGAAACACGCCGAUGCCGGACACUUGGUGCACGUUUUCGACGUGUUCAACGUUUACGGGUACACGAGAAGACCGUUCGAUAAAAAAGUGGAUUGGGACGUUAUAUGGGCUCACGAAUAUCCGUUCAAGACGUACGCCGACCAGAUUAUGUUUUCCGAUUUGAAACCUCACCAAAAAGUCAAUCAUUUCCCUGGCGUAGGUUUUAUAACCAACAAAAUUGAUUUGGCGACAUCGGACAUAAAAUAUGUACCUCCAGCUUUUCACAUGCCGCAAGAAAAAUCAAAAUUUUUCUCAUUUGCCAAACAAUAUCCUCAUAAACUGUUCGUUCAAAAACAGAAUAACCACCGCGGUAUAAAAAUUAAAUCAAUUAAAGAAUUGGACUUCAAUUCAACCGGCACAUUCAUUCAGGAGUACAUUGAUAAUCCUCUGUUGAUUGAUGGCUAUAAAUUUGAUAUCGGCGUAUAUACGAUCAUUACAUCCAUAGAUCCUCUUAGGGUCUAUAUAUACAACGGGGACAUUUUAUUCAGAUUUUGCCCAGAAAAAUAUCAUCCAUUCAAUCCCGAAAACAUAGACAAAUACGUGAUAGGCGAUGACUAUUUACCGACGUGGGAAGUUCCGUCUCUAAAGAAAUAUUACGUUGACCAAGGCGCUUCAAUGAAAGUUUCCGUUGAAUCUCAUUUGAAAGCUCAAGGAAGAAAUGCCACAAAAAUAUGGGACCAAUUGGAAGAUGCCAUACGAGUUGUAUGUCUAGAAAAAGAAUCAAAGAUAAGAAAUCUAAUGAAAAAUUAUAAGUCGAAAACGAAUUUUUUUGAAAUGGCACGAUUUGAUUUUGUUGUUGAUAACGAUCUAAAUGUGUAUAUAAUGGAGGUCAACAUGUCACCAAAUUUGUCAUCGGCUCAUUACCCGCAAAAUCGUUUACUAUACGAACAAGUGUUAUUCAAUUUAUUUGCUAUUGUUGGCCUGACUCAUUUUGAACGAAAGGAAAGCAGUAUGAAUAUGGCAGUUUCCACGAAAAAUAUCGUGGCAUACCCGGGAAUGUGCGCUAAAAUGAAUUGCGAUUCGUGCGAUUCAGAAGACUGCCUUCUAUGCAAGCCUUGCAUGGACAGUUACACGAAAGUUCAAUUGACAAACGCUUAUCGGGAAUAUAUUGAUAGACAUGACUGCAAAAGAGUAUUUCCACCAAAAUUUAAUCCGAAUUUUUUGAACAACUCUGUAGACUUAAGCGGUUAUAGUCUGUAUACGCGUUUGAUGUACAAAUGGUUCAAGGGAAAAUGUAUCGCAGACACAGAAUGGUGUUAAUAGUUCAAAA